AUGCCUUCUACUAGUAGCAUUAGCUAUUAGACAUUGCAGGAGUGCAAUCAUCUGUAAUGCUCACCUACUUUUAGAAAUUCAGACAUUGCAAAGUCUUAUCAUUCCCUUUACAGUAGCAGUGAGUAUUAUCAAGUUAACAAUAAAAUAGAUAAAAGGUCUAUCUCAAUAGAUAAAUCAAGAAGAAAUGAAAAUAAUAAGUGCUUGCAAAUUAGUCCUACUAGAACCAUUGCAACUCAUGAAUGUAAAUUAGUCUAUAAAUCUAUAAUGCUUAAUUCAGAUAUAAUGAAAGAUGAUGUCUUAUUUAAACUUGAAUCACCAGAAAGAAUGAGGGAUGUUGGUCCCGGAGCAUAUUAAACAGAAUUGAGAAGCGCUCACUAAAGUUUUAACAUUAAAACCUCAGAGGCAUUUCAAAGAUUGAUAAAUCAACAAUUGCAAAAGAAUUCCAGUCACUCUAAUCUAAAAAGUUAAAAAAGUCCAUCAAGAAAUGAUAGAUUGAGUAUUUAUUCUUAAUAGCAAAACAGCUAGAAUAGCAUUGUUUAUAAAUUGGAAAAUGAUCCCUACAAAAAUACUAAGAAACUCCUUCAGAAACUAUCUCAGACUCUCUAAUAAACACCCUAGAAGGAAUAAUCAUUAUAGGAUAGUUUAAUGCAGCAUUAAAGUACUAGUCAUAAAAAUACAGACUAGAGUAAAUCAAUUUAAUAAAAGAGUACAACAACAGGAGGGCAUAAAUCAAACUUUAGUCCCUAGUCACCUAAUUAAAACUAAAUGAGUAAUCACAUAUCUCAUUUUCUACCAGCUGGCAAUUUGAGUAGUGAAAAGAAAAGUGAUUCUAACUAGAAUGUCAAUAGAAAUCAUCCCUCAUCUUUUAUGAAUUCAAUCAGUACCUCUAAAAUCCAACAGUAUGAUAUUAGAUAUACUUAAUCUCCUGAUGGAUUUGUUACCCCUAUUUAAAAUCUAGCGACUUAUGCCUAAGGUAUCAACAUCUAGGGAAGCUUGAUAUCUAAUUAAUCUCCAAUACAUUUGGGCAAUUCAGACGGAUAAUUCGAAUACGAACAGUAUCAUUAGCAAUUUUAAUCUGUCGAAAAAAAUAGAGAAAGAGUGCUUUCUUAGCUAAUGAAAUAAUCUCCAGCAACAGAAUCCAAACUGCAAAAGUUUAAUAAGAAUUCUUCUCCUAUGAAAUAAAGCCAAUCAGGGGGUAAACUAUACUCACCAAAUACUUAAAAGUAUCUUCAGAAAAUAAGAGAAGGAAAUCAAAGAAACUACAAUAUAAUGAGUUAGUAAAGAAUUGAUUCUCAAUCUGUUUUAACAAAGGACUUUGAGUUAUCAAAUACAGUUUAAAGUAAUUAGUAGCAUUUUACCUCUUUGUAAAAUUUCUUAAGCGAUGAAGGAGAAAUCGAUGAAAAUGAAUUGGAUGAAAAAUAAGUAAAGACUCCUGUUUCAUAAAAAUUCCAAUAACUUUAGCAUUAAAAGUACACUGAAAUCUCAAUAGGAUACGAAAGAAAUCAUUUGCAAUCUAGUGAAUCAGUUUAAUCUGAAUUGAUAUCAAGAUGA